UCUCCAAAAGACUCGGGAGAAGAGAUCUAACAGUCAACUCGUAAAAUACUCCCUACGUUUCAUAUUUUAAAUUAUUUGACUUUUUUUAGUUAAACUUGUUAAAGCCUAUGUUUAUAAAAAAUAUAUUAGUAUUUUAACAUAAAAUAAACAUAUUAUAAAAAUAUGUUUGAGAGUAGAAACAGCCGGCGAAGCGUGACGAUGGACGCUCGACGGCGGCGGCUGUCCCCGGUGGUGGUCGUAGCGGCUUUUCUUUUCUUCCCCCUGUUCUUCGGGAGCCAGCCGGCGGCGGCGUACGGCGAGGCUUCAGGCGCCGGCGGCAUGACGGCACUGCAGAAGCACGCGGCGUUCUUCGACAAGGACAAUGACGGCUUCGUCUCCCCGACCGAGACAUACGACGGGUUACGCGCCCUCGGACUUGGAGCUGGCUUCUCCAUCUUAAGCGCUGCGUUGAUCAAUGGCGUACUUUCACUCAAGACCAGACCUCGCGGAUAUCUGGACACAGAGGCCACACGCCGUCGAGACUCGAGAGAUUCAGGAACAGAAACCGCCGAGAGAGUUCGUAGCAGUCAACGCGCGAGGCAGGGCCGAGAAGAAACCGCCGGCGACGCACGCGCGAUGGACGCUCGGCGGAGGCGGUUGUCCCCGGCGGUGGCCGUGGCGGCGGCUCUUCUUUUCUUCCCCAUGUUCUUCGGGAGCCAUACGCCGGCGGCGGCGGCGGCGUACGGAGAGGCUUCAGGCGACGCCGGCGUGACGGCGCUGCAGAAGCACGCGGCGUUCUUCGACAAGGACGGCGACGGCAUCGUCUCCCUCUCCGAGACAUACGACGGGUUACGAGCACUCGGACUCGGGUCUGGCCUCUCCAGCUUGAGCGCCGCCUUCAUCAAUGGCGUCCUUUCCCCAAAGACCAGACCUGACAAUGGAACAGCACCACGCUUAUCUAUCUACAUAGAGAACAUCUACAAGGGGAUUCAUGGAAGCGAUUCAAGCGCCUAUGAUUCUGAAGGAAGGUUCGUUGCUGAAAAGUUUGAGGAGAUAUUCGCCAAGCACGCCAAGACCGUGCCUGAUGCUCUGACAUCGGACGAGAUAGACGAGCUGCUUCAAGCGAACCGCAAGCCCGGUGACUACACUGGAUGGGUCGCAGCAUCGUCAGAGUGGAAGAUUCUGUACAAGAUCGGCAAGGACAAGGACGGCCUUCUUCGCAAGGAGGCCGUGCGAGAAGUCUACGAUGGAAGCCUGUUUACCAAGCUGGCGGCGGCAAGGAUAAACGACGAAAACCAAGCAUGAUUGGUGACAGCUGAUGGGAUCAUCUCCAUUGAUUCUCCUGAUUAAGCAUCUCAAAUCAUGUGCCACUGUGAUAUGAGAACGAUUGAGAUGAUGUCUGAACACAAAAAGAUAGUCAUGCAAGAUAGAAGUAUGAACAAGUGUGGACAGAAUCUGCAGAUGGGGAUGGAUCGUUUAGUUCUGUCCUUUUUUGUUGGUUUCUUGGGGAUAUUGAAUGUUUAUAUUAUUAUACCUGCAAAUGGUUGGCAGUGCAAGGCUGCAAGCAAUGGCACACUAUUUAUACAUUUGGCGUCCCUUAGCCCGUAGUUGCCCGUGAUGCCGUGAUGCUUGUCUUAUCUGAACUCUGAAAGUCUGAAUCAGUUAGCAGCA